AUGGAUGACCUCCCACCGCCGGAGCCGCCUUCCAAUGGCGGCGCCGCUGCCGCACCACCAGUCGAGGCUCCGGCCGCCCCUAUGCCAGGAACCAAGCGGCAGCGUCGCCCAAGUGUGCGCCUCGGGGAGAUCGGCGACCAGCCCGCUGCUAUCCCCGCCGACCCCCAUCUCCGCCGCCCCAAGCACUGGAAGCUCUCUGCGCACCGAGAUCACACCAAGCACCGCGUUUACCACCAUCCUGCCGCCCACAAGCAGCCUUCCAAGACCCGCCACCUCGCAGCCAUGGCCCCGGGUGAGGAAGACGGCACGGACGCGCUUCCUCCUCCGCCGCCGUCGAAUCUUACUGACGAUGGUGUCAUCCUCUCUAUCGACGAGAACCUUGAUCCUCUCAGUGCUGGCAUGAGGAGGGUCAGUGGCGAUCCGAAACCGUGGCGCGGCGCGAGGCGGGUUCGAUCCAGCUGGGUCUCGAAGGAAGAGGAGGGACUGGAAAGCGCCGACUUCAAAGCUGGCGGCGGAGAGGAUGCUGCGGAUGACGGAUUACCAGAAGGGGCUGGGAGCCCAUCGGAGAGGGAAGACAGGAGGACGGCUGGGCUUAGGGUUAGGGUUUCUGAGAUUAGGGACGGCGGACCUGAUGCAGCAGGGGAUGGUCCCUCAGAUACGGAUGGUGGAGAUUGGUAUGAGCGGGACGGGCAUUGGCGAUCUGGAGAGGACGGCGGGGUACGGUCCUGGCUCGACGGAUUGGGGCUCGGCAGAUAUGCCCCUGUUUUUGAGAUACAUGAAGUUGAUGAUGAGGUGCUGCCACUGCUCACUCUGGACGAUCUGAAAGACAUGGGAGUCAAUGCUGUAGGCUCUAGGAGGAAGAUGUUCUGUAGCAUCCAGAGGUUAAGGAAGAACAUGGAUUCCUAA